CAUCAAGGACUCAACAAAAUAAGAAAUUAAGAGCUCAACAGUCGAUUCACAAUUCAUAAAAUCCUACACCUUUUUUCCCACGGGUAGAGAGAGUGAAAAUGACAGCGUUCUUGAGGAAGCUAGCCAAGGCUGCACCCUUUGCGUUCCGUGAAGCAUUUCGAGGCGAUUCCAAGUCAAAUUUUGCUGAUCAUCGCUUCCCCUUUGGAGCUAUUGCAGCCGUUGCUGGUUGCGUUUCCUAUUAUUACUGCCAUUCUUCUCCGAGUUUGGUGUACUUGGAGCAAAUCAAUGAAGAUUCUGGUAAAAAAUUUGCUCUAAAUCCUGAUAAAUGGAUUGAAUUUAAGCUGCAAGAUCGAGUACCAGUUAGCCACAAUAGUCAUCUAUUCAGGUUUUCGUUUGAUCCUUCUUCAAAGUUAGGUCUUGAUAUUGCAUCUUGCAUUCUUACGAGGGCUCAAAUGGGAGAAAAUGCUGAAGGAAAACCAAAAUAUGCCAUUCGGCCUUAUACUCCUAUAUCUGAUCCAGAAGCCAAGGGAUACUUUGAUUUGUUAAUUAAGGUUUAUCCAGAAGGGAAAAUGAGCCAGCAUUUUGCAAGACUGAAACCGGGCGAUGUACUUGAAGUGAAAGGGCCCAUUGAGAAAUUGCGUUACAGUCCAAACAUGAAGAAACAUAUAGGCAUGAUUGCGGGGGGCAGUGGCAUCACUCCAAUGCUCCAGGUGAUAGAGGCCAUUCUUAAGAACCCUGAUGAUAAUACUCAGGUCUCAUUGGUUUAUGCUAAUUUGUCACCUGAUGACAUACUGCUAAAGAAGAAACUUGAUGUACUUGUGGCCACCCAUCCGAAUCUCAAGGUAUUUUACACUGUAGAUAAUCCAACCAAUGAUUGGAGAGGUGGCAUAGGUUACGUGUCAAAGGACAUGAUCGUGAAAGGAUUACCUCUGCCUGGUGAUGAUACACUUAUUCUUGUAUGUGGCCCUCCUGGAAUGAUAAAACAUUUAUCUGGCGAAAAGCCAAAUCCUCGUGAGCAAGGCGAGCUAACUGGACUACUCAAGGAUGUGGGCUUUACAGAGAACAUGGUUUACAAAUUUUAAUGAGUUUGUUAACUCUGUGCUCCCUUACCUUUCAUUUGAAUAAAAGGCUUGUUUUGAAGAACCACAAUACUACAACAUAAAGCAAGGGUUUGGAUGAGUAUUCAUGUAGUUUUCCGUAUGUCCUUGUAUAGAUUGUGUGGAGUGAGAAAUUUUUUGGAACAUCUAGAAAAUACUCAUUCUAGGGGUAAAAUGAAAAUCUUGAUAGCUGUCCACACUUGCUGAACUAGGAGUAACUGAAAUUGCGGAGGUAAUUUUCUCUUAUAUUUCAUUUUACUGUUCUUUUAUAUUGCACAUGUGGACAGAAAGCAAUAUAGUACUGUUUUAUGUUCCAACAAAACCUCUUAUUGAUACUGUAUGAUCAUAU